AUGGAGGAGGCAGGGUUCUUCAACGACAAGUUCCAACUGGGCUGCGGCGACUCCUUCGAAAUCAGUGAUGAUGAAACGGUUCCGGAUUCGAAGGCUGCUGCUGAGGGAAAGAAUGGAAAAAAAGGGGGAAGAAACCCCAAGGGUGCAGGCUUGCCGAUGAUUGUGGAAGGAGAACAGGAUCUAUCGGGUUCGGUGGCAAAGUAUAAAAAAGCAAUGCUCAACAAACGAACAGUGCUCAAAGAGGUCAAGGACCGCCUCGUAGAGGAAAAGGAUGACUUGACGGCUUGUGAAAAGACAUUGGGUGCAAUUGGCUGUGAGCUGAAUGUCCUCUACAAGAAGCUGUGCGACAUGGAGCUUGCGGCGAU